AUGGAGAUUGAUUAUCGCUCUCAACUGACAGUUGUCUUCGAUGUUGUUCGAAUUCUUUUGGUACAAGGUCUUGCUUUUCGUGGUCAUGAUGAGUCUUCUAGUUCCAAAAAUAGGGGGAACUUUCUAGAGAUAUUCAAUUGGUAUGCAAAAAAGGUUGAGAAAAUUAGAAGUGUUAUUAAUGAAAUUGCUCCUGGGAAUAACCAAUUAACUUCUCCUUUAAUUCAAAAACAGUUAGUGAAUUCACGCGCAACAGAAACAACAUUAGCAAUUAUUUAUGAAAUUGGCGAUAGGAACUUCUCACUAAUUGUUGAUGAGUCUCGAGAUAAGUCAAUAAAAGAGCAAAUGGCUGUAACUCUAAGAUUUGUAAAUAAGCAGGGACAAGUUGUUGAAAGAUUUUUUGCUAUUCAACAUGAUACAAUACCAGCUCGGGGUCAUUCAAGGCGUGAAGGACACUGGAUUACUUAUUACCAUCAUUAUCAUGCUGAAGUUUUAAUUGUAGUUCUUGAUUUAAUUGCUAUAGAGAUGAACGGUCGGUUCAGUGAGAUCACUGCAGAGUUGCUAACUUGCAUAUCAUGCCUUCAUCCAAGAGACUUAUUUUCUAGAUUCCAUCAUGGUAAGCUACUUCGCCUUGCUGAGAUUUAUUCUUAUGAUAUUUUUGUACAAGAUCUUCAAGUCUUGAAAGAGCGACUUCACACUUACAUUCAAGAUGUUAGAAGAAGUUCUGAUUUUGUUGAAUGUCAUGAUCUUGAAAGUCUUGCUGUGAAGCUAGUUGAAACUAGAAAGCAUUUGGUUUUUCCAUUAGUUUAUCGCCUUAUUGAAUUGGCUUUAAUCUUACCCGUGGCAACGACAUCAGUUGAAAGAGCUUUCUCAGCAAUGAAUAUUAUCAUAACUGAGUUACGCAAUAAGAUAGGAGAUGAAUGGUUGAAUGAUAUGAUGAUAUGCUACAUUGAACGACAGGUGUUCGAAACAAUCGAUGAUGAAGCUAUUUUGUUGAGAUUUCAAAAUAUGCAAAGUAGAAGGAUUCAAGUCCCACCUCGUAGAGAUGGUCAUUAG